CACGUCAGCCGGCCAUCGUGUCGUAGCUGUCAUAUAUUUUUUUUGAUUAGUUUGGAAGGCCUUAAAUUAGAUAAUUUAUAUUUAUUAACUAACAUGUCUACACGAACAAAUACCAUCGAGCGAAACGGCACAAAAGCAACCAUAUCUCCAUGGUCCAAAGCUUUAAUUGCAAAGUCCGAAUGGCCGGACAAGGAUGAAUUUCUGGACAUUAUUUAUUGGUCGAGACAAGUGCUGGGAAUCAUACUCGGUAUCGUUUGGGGCACAUUUUUCAUGAAAGGAUUCAUUGCGCUGGCACUAUUUGCAGCAAUCAAUUGUGGCUUGGUGUACGUCUAUUGCAUUAAUUUUCAACAAAUCGAUGAAGAGUCCUACGGUGGUGCCUGGGAACUGGUAAAAGAAGGUUUCAUGACAUCGUUUGCGGGAUUUUUAGUUACUUGGAUUAUCUUCUACACGGGAUUGCACUUUGACAGUCUUGAAGGAUAGAACGUUUGAGCAAAUUCCCACCGACAAUCCAUUAAUUGUAACGCAUUAGGUUAUUGUUGGCUAUUUCGAAGAGCGUCGCUUUGAAUGCCAAAAAUCGUUUUGAACGGAAAUUUGUCAGUGUUGUAAUUUUACGAUGAAUUGUUUAUUAAAUUUAUAUGGAUGUAGUCACA